AUGGAUACAGAAUCUGGGAAGAUAAACGGGGGGGUGGUGGAUGAUGGUCCAAUAAAUAACCUGGACGGGUUUAAUACUACUGCGAAUUUUAACACAACAACAGCCACAACCACAACAACUAAGCGGACACCAACUCUCACAAGUACACUGCCUGGCACUACAGGUGUAGUCACCACAGGUGCCAAUCCCUUUGCCAGAAAACUCGAGAAGAUACUGAAGUUAAGACUUGAUCAAGAUAAAGACCUUGUUGAGUCUAUGCGCACUCUGAGUUUAUUCUACGAGCACAAUACAGUUAAGGCUAGAAGGAAUUUAAGGUCCGAUAUUGAGAAAAAGACCCUGGAGGUUAGCGCCGAGUGCUUGGAUGCAUUGUCGUUGGUGAAAGAUCAGGUAUGA